UCGGAUGGUGCCGGGCGAAUUUCAGUGCAUCAUGCCUGUCAAGUGGCCAAAAUGCUUGACUUGACUCCACCACCUUCAUGCUUCCAAGUGCGAUUUAAAGGCUUCAAAGGAGUGCUUUGUGUUGAUCCGUCUCUGGAUGCUGCCGGCGGGGAGGAUGUUGUAUUUCGACGAAGCCAAAAGAAAUUUGAUGAGGAUGAACAAAAUCCUGCCGAACUGGAAGUGGUCAAAUAUUCCAUGCCUUCACCAGUUUGCUUAAAUCGACCUUUAAUUAUGAUUUUAGAUCAGGUGUCAGAGAGACAAGAUCGGCAUUUGCACAAAAAAAUUCGUAGUCGAAUACACUGGUUUCAAGAAACAGAACUCAACAGACUUGCUGGGAUGAUGUUUGAUGAGGAUGAUGCCACAGAAGAACUGAGCACACGCUUAUCCCUCCCCAUCGACUUCCAGCAAUUGCACGAAUUUGGUUUCACCUUUACCGACGAGCCUUUCUUCCGCUCACUGCUUCUUGCAAUCCAUCAUUAUCAGACAACAUUCACCCUGAGCAAAUCCAAGAUUGUUUUGCCGAGUUAUCUCGGACGUACAAUGUACGGUGUGGUUGAUGAUACCGGAUUGCUGCAAUAUGGCCAGGUUUUUAUACAGUAUUCGAGCAGUUUACGAGGUCCUUCGGAGAAGUUUAUUUAUACGGGACGUGUAAUGGUGACAAAGAAUCCCUGUCAUGUUGCCGGCGAUGUUCGUAUGUUUGAAGCUGUCUAUCAACGUGCUCUUUCACAUCUCUGCGAUGUUAUUGUUUUCCCUCGUUAUGGCCCACGCCCUCAUCCUGAUGAAAUGGCUGGAAGUGACUUGGAUGGUGAUGAGUAUACGGUUAUUUUCGAUCGUGAACUCUUCUUUCAGCACAAUGAGAAUGCAAUGUUUUUCCCAAAAUCUAAGCCUGUUGAAUAUGUUACAUCACCAACAACAGAAGAUAUGAUCGACUUUUUCCUGAAAUAUCUUAGUCAGGAUUCGAUCGGUCGCAUGUCCAAUGCCCAUCUGAUUAUGUGCGAUCGCCUUGGCCUCUUUCAUGAAACUUGUGAGAACAUUGCUCGAAAAUGUGCUGUUGCUGUUGAUUUUCCGAAGACUGGUGAGCCUGCCGAACCGUUAACAUCGUUCGAACAAAGCGAUAUUGCUCCGGACUACAUGCAGAGUAGUGUUAAACCCUCAUUUCGAAGCAGCUGGCUGCUUGGCGAACUUUACAGGUAA